AUGCAACAACAGAAGCGCGAUGUCCCGUCGGAGCUGACGAACACUCAGCUGUACGCAAAUGUUCAUCGCCAAGCUACGCGCUCUUUCAAUGUCCUGGCCGAGAACUCGGAUCUUAAGGAAUAUCUCACGAUGAGUAUCUACACUGUAAAGCGGCUCAUGGAUAGGAGGGAGAAGGAUCUUACUGAACUAGAGAAAUACUUCGAAGAUACAGCGGCCAAGCGGCGGUCCGAUAAGCGGAAUAUGGUCCUUCUAGUAGUUUUGGCAGUUUUCUGUGUGUGCUUACUCUUCACAAAGCGUCUUAUGGUUUUCUUAACAGAAUAUCUACGCUAUAAGCAUGUCUAA